ACGAUGAAAUACACAAGCUCCUUCUUAGCUUUACUGCUAAGUGUGCUUUUGGGUUUUUCUGGUUCUUAUGGCCAGGGCCCAUUUUUUAAAGAAAUAGAAACCUUAAAGGAGUAUUUUAAUGCAAGUAACCCAGAUGUAGCUAAGGGUGGGCCUCUUUUCUCAGAAAUUUUGAAGAAUUGGAAAGAGGAGAGUGACAAAAAGAUUAUUCAGAGCCAAAUUGUCUCCUUCUACUUCAAACUCUUUGAAAACCUCAAAGAUAACCAGGUCAUUCAAAGGAGCAUGGAUAUCAUCAAGCAAGACAUGUUUCAGAAGUUCUUGAACGGCAGCUCUGAGAAACUGGAGGACUUCAAAAAGCUGAUUCAAAUUCCGGUGGAUGAUCUGCAGAUCCAGCGCAAAGCCAUAAAUGAACUCAUCAAGGUGAUGAAUGACCUGUCGCCAAAAUCUAACCUCAGAAAGCGGAAGAGAAGUCAGAAUCUCUUUCGAGGCCGGAGAGCAUCAAUGUAAUGGUUCUC